CCAAAAUUUUAGAAACUUUACAAAAACCUCUCUUUCUCUGGGUUUCUUCCUCGAACCUUCACGGACUCAAGGACCAAACUUGGGUCAAUUUUUCAGUAUCCCAAUCACUGAGUCAAUCCAAACCAACUAGGGGGUGAGUUACCCUGAUUGAAACUCUCUCUUUUAAAAACGAAAUCGUGAAACUUUUCAAUAAGAAUCCAUCUUUUUUCAAUGGCAUGUAAUGUGAUAAAUUCAUGGACGUUCAGUGGCCUAGUGGGUGCUUUUCUUGAUCUAUCAAUAGCUUAUUUAUUGCUUUGUGGAUCAGCUCUUUCUUAUUUGGCUUCAAAAUUUCUGGGUUUAUUUGGAUUGUCCUUGCCUUGUCCUUGUAAUGGAUUGUUUGGGUACACAGAUAAGAAUAAUUGUUUUCAAGCCAUUUUAGUUAAUAAACCAUCUCUUAAAAUCUCCUCUGUUCAAUCUUCUGUUAAGAAAAAGCUCCCUUUUGAUUCAAUUUGGAACAACUUUUAUGAUGAUGAUGAUGAGGAUGAGGUUGAAGAACAGCAUGAUAGUCAAUCAAAUGUCGAUAAGUGGCAAAAUAGGAAUGUCGAGAUGGAUGGGGAAGCAUCUUCUUCUUCAUGGAAUGAGAAGAAGAAUUUUGUUGGAGUAAAAAAAAGAAGCUUUACGCCAAUUCCUAAGUGGAAGGGGUUUGGGAGUCAGAGGCCUAGAGUUGGUCUUAGGCGGCGUAAGAGAGCUGCUAGUGGUCAUCGUGGAAAGGUUUUGUCUUUUUCAUAUGAUUCUUUGGUGUCGAUGACUACCCCAACUGGUUUGAAUUCUUCUGCUAGUAUUGGUAAAUUUGGGAAUGAUAACACUGAAGGGGGCAGGACUUCGGCUAAUUCUGAAGAUGGCUGGGAAACUUCAAAAGAGAUUGAAAUGCCUGAGCAAGGUUCUCUGGGUUUUGACAUGGAUGAUGACCCUUUUGCUGAGAAUAAACUCAUAGAGAAGGAAUUAGCACUGGCUGAGUUCAAGUGCUUGCCACCAGAUCAGGAUUUUAAUGGCAGUGACAGAAAUGCAAUAAGAGUCUUGGAACAAGCUCUAGAAGAAGAGCAUGUUGCUCGUACUGCUCUAUACCUUGAGCUUGAGAAAGAGAGAAGUGCUGCUGCUACUGCUGCAGAUGAGGCUAUGGCGAUGAUAUUGCGUCUGCAAGAGGAGAAGGCAACCAUCGAGAUGGAAGCUAGGCAAUACCAGAGGAUGAUAGAGGAAAAAUCUGCAUAUGAUGCAGAAGAAAUGAAAAUUCUCAAAGAGAUCCUAUUCAGGAGAGAAAGGGAGAAGCAUUUCUUGGAGAAGGAAGUUGAAUCUUACAAGCAUAUGUUUUUCGAAAAUGAGCAAUUGGAUGCUGAGAUGUAUGAUACAGCAGCCACACAGGAACUAGAAAGUUCAUCUAUAUAUUCAAAUGAGGAGCCAGUGCUAAAGUUGCAGCAGAACACUGAAUCUAUAAGGUCACCGAAUCAUACUCUUGCUUUUGGGAAAGAAAUACCGAUUCCAGAACUCAAUGAAUAUGCUGGCUCUUUAAAUUCUAGUAUUGAAGUCAAUUGUGCACAUCUGUCUAGAAAUCGUGAUGAGGUUAAUCAAGAAUUUCAGAACAAGGGAAUGGCACUCAAAAACAAGAAUCUCAAUCAUCAAGAGAGACAUGUGCAGUCCACUCAGUCAACUCAGGGACCUGAUUUGCAAGAGAAACCCAUUAGCCCUAUGGUUGAAGAAGAGAAGCAAUGUGGGGAAACCAGUCCACGCCAACGCUUGAUGCCUAAGACAACUGAGGCUUUUGAAGAAACAAAGAUAAUUUUCCCAUAUAAUAAUGAAAAAGUGGAGAAGCAUGGAGAAGACUUACAUGGCUCCUAUUCUGGUGUUGAUUAUCAUGUUCAUGAUGUUCAUGUCAUUUAUGAUGGAUGUAACGUGAAUAAUAACGAGAAUGGAAGCAAAAGCGAGAAGAAGUCAAUAAGUGUUACCUCAAACUUGCCUGGAACAUGUGAUAAUCCAACCAUUGGUGAGUUAGAAAUUGAGACUGAUAGGAAAAGAAACAGUUUGGACAGAUCUGGCAGAUUACCACCAAUUGGUCCUUCACGAGGCAAACAUUUACCUCCCAUUUUACGUCGAAAUUCCAUGUCUGCUUUUGAUUAUGAGCGGCUGAAAAUUGACAAUGAAGUUGGGUGGCUUAGAGAAAGGCUAAAGAUUGUACAACAGGGAAGAGACAAGCUCAACUUCCCUAUGGGCCACAGGGAGAGGGAACAAGGUCAGUUGCAAAUAUUGGAAAAUAUUGCAAGUCAACUUCGAGAGAUACGGCAGUUAACAGAACCUGGGAAAGCUUUGCGACAGGCAUCUUUGCCUCCUCCAUCCUCAAAGGUUAUGUCAAAGAAAAGACGUUGGCGGGGUGCUCCUUUAGGAGUAUUGAGAAGCAUUUGAAAGAACCAACCGUUCUCUCGAAUGUUGAUGAUUGAGAUGAGCUAGACUUGGCUCCAUCUGGGACCAGCUGAUAUCUUUCGAAGGUUUGGAUUGCAACUUUCCUCCAAUUGAACUUGUAAGCUGUUUCCUAAAGUAAUUUACAUGUUAAGCGAAAUUAGUUGAAGGAUAUGCUAGAGAUGGAAAAGGAAACAUAUGAGUUUCUGCUUAUAAUUGUAGAAUCCAAUUUUGACUAUUUGGUAGCCCUGUAGGUUCCAGACAGAAAUGAGCUUCUGCAGAUUACACGUCCUGUGACUUCCACUUGACAUAUAAAUUUUAUAUAAGUUUCCUUUUUCACUAAA